CUUUUCUUUUUGAUAAUCACUACCACUACCCACCACCCCCAACUUGCCUCUUUCAAAAAAUUAUUCACCAAAAUGUGGCGGAUGCUGGCGGUGCUCAACCAGAACCUUCAGAACAUACGGAAGAGUCCAAGGGUGGCCGACGAGAGCGUCUUGGCCGCCGUCAACGGUGCCGAGGUCGGGAUUUUUGGCCGAGACAAUAUGCAUCAGAUGAGGAGGAGAUCCACCAGGUGGACUGCUUUUUCCGUCAUUUGCAGCGUCGUUCGCGCUCCCUUCUCCAUCAUUUCUUGCUUCUCUCAGCCGCACGUUAAUGGCGCCGAUAGGGUUUGGGUAUCAGGCGAAUUUGCCCAGAUUUCAGAGAUGAAUCAUCUAAUGGUCAGUGACAGCAUGCGUUAUGCAAUAUUGAUGUAAUUAUUAUGACUAUAUAAAAAAGACAACACUUUAUAUAUAUAUAUAUAUGGGGAAUUACAGAGCCUGAAAAGUAACUGGGAUUUUUGAUCUCUUGUAAUAUUGUACCAGGUACUUUGAUUAGUUUGCUUGCAGGAUUUCAGGAAAGGAAUGUCUUCUUCUU